CGUGGCUUCGGGCGCAGUGACCUCAGCGAGGUAGGGUUUCUGUUCAGUUGCGUUACUAUAACACCUGUAGGCGCUCAGUAGGGAGCUAUCGAUUACGUGAGUUUGCGGAACGACUUUUGAGGCACUUUAAUAACCAAAAUUAUUUCAAGCUGUGCAGUGCUGGUGUGCCGAACAUGGGGCUUCUUGCGAGUCGGGAUGUGUUUUCGUGGCUGCUGGUGGCCUCUGUUUUCCAGGUGUCGAGUGUGCGUUUGGCGCAGGGCACUUACCUGUGCACUGCAUACCUGAAUAUUUCCUGCACAAUCCCUGAAACAAACCUAACCACCUGGUCGCGAGAGGAGAUGGGGCUGUAUGGGCAAGACUCACCCAAAACUUCUGUAGUGGGGAACGUGUAUUUAGCCGAUCCGAUCUAUGGCUGUGAAGAUGACACCUUUUAUCGACGACCGAACGACUCCAGGAGCUGGAUCGCCUUAAUCCAGCGCGGUAACGGAUGCACUUUCGCCGAUAAAAUUAACGUCGCGGCCAUGAACGGAGCUGCAGCUGCUAUCAUUUUCAACGACUUUGGGGCAGAAUAUCAGGUCAUUCAGAUGUCCCACCCAGGCACGAGCAUCGUUGCAGUAAUGAUUGGCAACUUCCGUGGGAUGGAGCUGGUCCAGCUGCUAGAGAAGGGCGUGCCCGUUUCCAUAGCAAUAGAGGUUGGGAAGCAGCACGGUCCCUGGAUGAGUCACUAUUCGGUGUUUUUCGUCUCCAUCUCCUUCUUCAUCGUUACUGCGGUGACUGUUGGAUACUUCAUCUUUUACUCCGCGCGGAGACUGACCAGCCUCAGACAGCAGAACCACAAACAGAAAAAGCUGAAAGCUGAAGCAAAGAAGGCUAUUGGCCAGCUGCAGGUCCGCACACUGAGACAAGGGGAUCAGGAGACUGGCCCUGAUGCUGAUGCCUGUGCAGUGUGUAUUGAGUUGUAUAAACCAGGAGAUGUACUAUCAGUUCUCACAUGCAAUCAUUUCUUCCAUAAAUCUUGCAUAGAGCCAUGGCUACUGGAGCACAGAACCUGCCCAAUGUGCAAGUGUGACAUUCUUAAAGCCCUUGGAGUUGAGGUGAGUUUUCACACUAAGAGUGAAGUCCAGCGUUGCACUUCAUAAA